GUUGUUUUGAAACACGCCCCUUUAAAAUUGGUUGGCGUGCAUUACAAAAGUUCAAAAAGUGAAAAGUACAAAAACGGUUUUGUUUUGUCAUACUUCCACACAUCUCGCGCUGAAACCCGUUCGGUCGUCAUUUUCAUUCAGUCAACAAGCAGCAUUCCUUGUCGAUAGUGUUUUGCACAGAAUAACUUAAACUUGCAUUAGGCCUACCUGUGCAGCGUCAACCUGUGCUAACCACAACACGUUGCAGCAUGACUUGUCUGACAAUAUCUGAUCCCCCUCCAAACUGUGGCACCCGAACUUUCCAAGUGCUCAAUGCUCAUAAUGACCCACAAACUCUUUGGAUAAGAUUGUGUUGUCAGAGAUUUCAUUAGAGAUGUGCUUCGUCCCUUAAGACCGAAGACCGGUGACUACAUAAUUCAUACCGGGGGGAGUGACUUACUGUCCGUGCCUUUCCUGCCUGUAUAAAACCUGAAGUUCUCUUUAAACUCACUUACAGAUGGAGAGACCCAACCGCUCUGUUUACAGUCUAGUCAAACCGACGUGACAGCACCACUCAGUCUCCACACUUAAAGUCGAAGGCAUAUGUUAAAGAGCUCAAUCUUCAGACGUGUAACCAUAUCUAGUUGAGGUGUGUUGACGCCGUGCACCGUUUUCCAGACAUCUUCCCGCUCGUGCGUGUGUGCGUUCAGCCCUUCGGCUCCAUGACGGGACUCUGUGCGCUCUGCCUGACCGCCCUGCUCGCAGCAUUCGCCCGGCUGGCUGAAAGCGUCAGCCCCGUGGUCCGAUGCGAGCCGUGCGACGACGGAGCGCUGGUGCUGUGUAAACCGCUGCCCCGGGACUGCGCCGAGAGUGUACGGGAGCCGGGUUGCGGAUGCUGCAUGACAUGCGCGCUUAGCGAGGGCCAGGCGUGCGGAGUGUACACGGGGCGCUGCGGUACCGGGUUGAACUGUCAACAGCGACCGGGGGAAAGCAAACCGCUGCAGGCUCUGCUGGAGGGACGGGGCGUGUGCGCGAAAGCACCGGACAAAGGGCCACCUCAGGGACACGAUAACACCGAUGAAGAAGGAGAGGAACAUAUCUCUAACAGAACCAAGGCGACCGAGGCGGUACAGCACACCACCGGAGACACGCACGGAGGCCAUAGAACCAUUCUGGAGUCCAAAAGUUCUCCGCUGCACCCCAGUAAAAUGGUGAUCAUCCAAAAAGAUCAAAACAAGAAAACCCAGAGCUAUAAAGUGGAACCGGUUUCCAGCGGGGUGCAUACAGAUAUUCACAAUUUCAGCCUUGAGUCUAAGAGAGAAACUGAAUAUGGCCCGUGUCGUCGGGAGAUGGAGAGCGUUCUGAAGAGUUUUAAGAUCUCAAAUGUGCUGAACCCAAGAGGCUUCCGCAUUCCAAACUGUGACCAAAAGGGAUUCUACAAGAAAAAACAGUGUCAACCAUCCAAAGGCAGCCGAAGAGGUUACUGCUGGUGCGUCGACAAGUACGGACAGGCUCUACCCGGCUUCGACCGAAAGGAGAAAGGCCAAGUCCACUGCAAUAAUCUGGAGAAGAAAUAAGCGAGAGAAAACGUGGUGGUACAGGGAGAGAAAGAGGGAUACCUCCCACAAAGAACUACAUGAAAACAAAGUAAAUUGUUGGGAGGGAGAUUUUUCAAGAUUUCCCAAAGCUGAUAGUCCACUUGUAUGCUGAGCACGUGAACAUCAAUUACUUUACACUUCAGGGGGAGUGAUGCAAAUAAGAGAAGUUGAGAAGAAAGAGAGAGAGAGAUUUUGUGUUACCCCACGAACAUUGAAAAUAGAAGCACAUUUUAACUCAUAACAGCAUGAGUGUGAGAGAAGUUUGUGUACUGCUGUGUGUAUUUGAGCUAUUCGUCUCUCUCGCUCUCUUUUGCCACAGCGUGUAUUUAUCUCUGCGUUUCUGCCAUAACUAUCAGCAGAUCUCUCUCUUCCUCCCACUUCCUGUUUCUGUCCUCCUGGUGUAGGGUCGUUUAAACUGGGCAUGCUCAGUGGCAAUUGCCAACGGCUCCAUCUUAAGCACAAGCACUUCAUGCACUUUGGCCCCUCGUCGAAUACAAACUCCAGCCUGUUAUUACGGCCUAGCCACACAACCAAACAUCCAGCCCUUCAAUUUAACGAAUAGGACAAAACCUCAAACAAAUCUAUAGAGAAAUUCAACCUUAUUGAGAACUGAAUUUGUAAACAUUUCUAUACCAGGACAUAUUUAAAAUAUGAAUGCCCCUAUUUUUUCCAAUGCUAAAAGCUCUUUCUGUUUUAUUAUCUUGGAUACGUCAUAAGGCUGGGCAUAGGACAGCCUUGAUACGGCCCCUAAAAUGUAUCACAUGGGCAUUAACCAGACUUAGGAAACACCAUGAAGCACUUUGAAUACAAGAUUGAUGCUCCAAAUGCUACAUUUGGUCAUCAUUGUCCUUGACAAUUCCAGGCUUAAAGCAUGUAUCUCUGUCUUGGUAAUGGGUUUGAAUGUAACCGUAAUGCUACAAGGCCCUGUAAUACCAGUGUAGUCCUAAGCUAGAAAUAACCAUUUCCAGGCAGUUUAACAGAACCCAUGCAGAAACGUGUUGGGUAAUGAUGCGGGAUGUUGCAGCCUCUGUCUACUUGCAUAUUGUUUAAUAUUUCACCCUAAAGCUAUAAGCUAAUAUAAUUCAAGAUGGCCGCCCUCACAGACAACCCAUUUAAAAUUCAAGGCUUGGGUUGUAAAUCGGACAUCCUGAGAAAAGACUUGAAAGCUGAAAGCUGCCAUAUAAGUGGCUUAAACAUUAGCGUACUAGCUUGUGCUAAAGGCUAAGCCCCACGAUUCCCUUCCUAAACAACUAAACAAAAAGAGAUUAAGCAAAAGUGGUGUGGUGCUAAACGUUAUCUGACUUGAUUCUGGGGAAGUAUGCUCAGCUAUUUGCCCCUUCCAUUACUUUGUGUCUUGACAUUUUUUUUAUAUGAAAAAUACUUUGUUUCAGGCCAGCUUAAUGUCUAAAGAGGCAUGUGAACUUUAUGCUAAAAAGAGGUUAUUUAUCCAAGAAAGAAAUAUAAGCUGAUCCAAACUUUAUCACAUCAUUGAGAACAUUUCAGUGAUCCGUUGAUUGCACAGUAGUGAAAACAUGAAACUCAUCAUAUUUUUGGGAAUAUAAUCACUAAAGUCGUUUUUUUGUUUUAGAUUUGUAGUUUAUCUACAGUGUGGAGUUUGUUAGUUUAGCAAAGAUGCUAUCCACAUACGAAUCGUUUGUGUAAACUCUAGUUGAAAUCUUCAGGUUUUGUAGACGUUUUUAUGGUAUGAAUUAAGCUAAAUCUAAGCUUAACUUUAGCUUACUCUAAACUGAACGAAGCUAAAGUCAAGUGAACGUUAAGAUUGAAUAAAUCUGAGGCCAAGCUUAUGUUGAAAAGAACAACGAGAUCAAUGUUCAAAAUCAAUUGAUCUUGCGAAAAGCUUGCCACCCUCAUUCUGUGCAAUGUUAGGGUCACUUCUUGCCCGCAAGUCACUUGUAAAGAUCCCUCCGUUCACGGGUAAUUGCUUUUUUGUGUGUUUGUUUUUAUUUCUUUUGAAAUAAUUUUGAUUCUUUAAAAAGCUUAUGUUACUAAACUAGACGUUAUACAGCUAUGACUUUCUUCAAGAAAGUAUAUGUUUUUGUUCAAAUAUAAUUUGUAUUUAUGCCUUUUUUUAAAUAAAAAAAUGUAAACACUA